UUUAGGUUGGAAAAUUGGGAGACGGGAGAAGGAGACGCAUUUCCCAUACAGAAGAGCCACUCUGUACAGAUUUUCCUCUUGAAUCCGGACGAAGCCUGCUAUGCGUAAAACUCCCAGCUUUUUAGAUGGAUUAUUUGGAUAGUUGGAAAUAACUACUGUCUUUUGAAAUAACGGUCAAGUCAGAGAAUGAAGUAAAACGAUGUAUUUUCGAGAGUGCUGUAUCAGUUGUUAACUUGUGGAUGUUAAAAUGCUGCGUACACUUGGAGUUUAUAACUGGUAUGCAAACUAAUUCCAGAAACGCAAAGUCAGCGUCUUUUCCUAAUUUGUCUAGUGAUUUGGAGUGCUGAACUUGGGUUUGGAAUAACGGUUUCUAAUACCCGGAAUGAUUUUCAGGAAUUGCUGACUCAGUCAAUGGGUGCCUGGUUUUGGUGAGUUUUCCUGUCUGCGUUUUCAUGAGGCUGUCAGGUUAAUAGCAGGCUGGUGAAGUGGGGUUUGGGGUUAUCUGCUGUUCCACUGCGAAAAGUAAAGACAUGCUUUGAAACACAACACUAAAGUGUUUGCCUCUCUCUUGCACUCUAUUUUUUACUGCGCUGGACUGUCUUUUUAUUUAUUGAAAACAAAUGUACUAAAUACGCAUACAGGUCCCAUGUACACUAUUGGAUAUUCCUCACUCUGUCGGAUUGUUAAUUGUAAUUGACAGCUUCCCAUCAUGCGGGGAGCGUUUGUUCUGGGUCUGUUCCUGCUCUGUCUGCUAGCGUGGGCAGGACACGCAGAGAAACAGGGCCAUCUCAGACGGAUGCCCUUGCGCCGAGGCACCAGACUCAACAUGGGGCGUCUGCAGCCGGGCGCAGCCGGCAGUGCUGUCGGCGGGGGAGGAACACGCCCAGGACCUGGCUCGGCCUCGGUGCCCUCCGGGCUCAGCGUCAGGCGCUGGGAGGACAUGCAGGCGGACCAGGCCUCUGUUCCCCGGGCCAGGACUGGGGCUGGACAGGGCAGGAGAGGUGGCGCACUGGCAGGGGCAGCAGGGAGGAGGGCAGCCGGGCAUAGGGUUACCCUCCAGCCUGGCAUGCUUCAGGAUGAAGGCGCUCUCGGGGCGAGAAACAGACAGGCCCGCAUGCCAAGCAGCGCAGGCUCGCCUAACCUCCUGGCGAGCUUCGCAGGGAAAAACCGCAUCCUGGUUAUUUCUGCCCCGCACGACUCAGACGGUUACUACCGGCUAAUGAUGACGCUGCUGAAGCCGGACGUGUACUGCGAGCUGGCGGAGCGGCACGUGCAGCAGAUCGUGAUAUUCCACCAGGAGGGGGAGAUGGGUGGGAAGGUGAGGCGGAUCACCAGAGAGGGGAAGGUGAUGGAGGAACCUUUGGACACCACACUCAUCCCCCGCCUCAUGACCUUCCUCAAACUGGAGAAAGGUAAGUUUGGGAUGGUCCUCCUGAGGAAAACCCUCCAGGUGGAGGAGAGGUACCCCUAUCCAGUCAGGCUGGAGGCCAUGUAUGAGGUCAUCGACCAGGCACCAAUGAGGAAGCUGGAGAAGAUCCGACAGAAGGGAUUCGUCCAGAAGUGUAAAGGGGCGGGAGUAGAGGGCCAGGUGGAGGAGGGGGGCGUAGACUCAGGGACGGUAGUGGAAACAGGUGGACAGGUAGACCCGCCCCCAGAGAGGAAGCCGGUGAGGAAGCCAACGAGGAGACCCACGACAACCACCACCGUUGCCACGACGACAACGAGGCCGACGACAACUACCACGACUAUGCGACCCACAACGACCACGACAAAAGCCACCACGACAAAAGCCACCACGACAACCACACCAAAACCCAGACAGACUACAACGACAACGACCACAACUAAACGGCCUACGACCACACGACAGACCACCACUACUACAACCACAACAACAACCCAGAGACCCACAAAAGCCCAGACCACCCCUGACUGGCUGCCUGCCCCUAGGACCACGGCUGAGCCAUAUUACAGGGACAGGGACAUGUACCCAGCCAAGACCACCCCGUCUGGGGACAACCGAACAGAAAAGGAGGGGAAGGACCACAACGUCCAUCAGCAGGCAGGAGUGGUGCCCACCCAGCACAAACCCACCAAGGGCAAACCUACCAAGAGGAAGAAUGAGAUGGUUUUAAAUAAUGAGUAUGAGGAGAAGUAUGAACCUGGCCGGCCCACCGUCAGCGACCCAGAGACACAGACAGAGGUCAACACAGAGGUCAGCCCAGCCAAGAGGCGCAAGGGAAAACACGACAAUACUGAGAAAAAGAAGAAAAAGAAGAACGGCAAACCAGACAAGGACAAGGCCGAGAGGAGAGGAGCGAAGGCCGAGAGGAGAGGAGCGAAGGCCGAGAGGAGAGGAGCGAAGGCAGGGAAGGAGGGCAAAAACAACGGAAAGAAGAACGGAAGGAAGGUGUCAAAGAAUCCUGAGAAAGAGGAGUACUACAAACCCACCAAGAAGCCUCCGUCUCCUAGGGGAUCCCUGGCUUCCUUCCUGGACUACUUUGAGAACAGGAGACGACUCGUGAUCAUAACGGCCCCCAGUGAGGAGAACACUAUGUAUGUGCAGCAGCGGGAUGAAUACCUGGAGACGGUGUGUGAGAUGGCCAUUAGGAAAGUCUCCAUCAUCACCAUCUUUGGCUCGCUCACCAACUCCACCAUGAAGAUAGAGCACUACCAGCUGGAGAAUGAUAAGCCUAUGAAAGGUCUUCGUCAGGAGGACCUGGUGAACCAGGAUGUGAUCACAGAGCUGCGGAAGGAGUUCAGUAUGACCUUCAACCACUUCUACAUGGUCCUCACUGACACUGACAUGAGAGUCAAGCAAUCCUACGAGGUCCCCAUCGCCAUGAAGGCUGUGUUUGAUUACGUCGACACCUUCUCCUCUCGCAUCAGAGAGAUGGAACAGCAGAAGAGUGACGGAGUGGCCUGCAAGAAGGAGGACAAACCAAGAUCACUGGAGAACUUCCUCUCCAGGUUCCGUUGGAGGCGUCGCCUGUUUGUAAUCUCCGCCCCCAAUGAUGAGGAAUGGGCCUAUCAGCAGCAGCUUUACGCCCUGACCAGCCAAGCCUGCAACCUGGGCCUGAGACACAUCUCCAUCCUGAAGCUGGUUGGCAUGGAGGCAGUGGACCAGGGAGGAGUCCUAGAGCUAUAUCCAAUUAAUGGCAGUGCCACGGUGGAGCGUGAGGGCCUCUCGGCCACCCUGGUCAAAGACAUCCGUAACUACUUCCAGAUCAGCCCAGAGUACUUCUCCAUGCUGCUGGUGGGCAAGGACGGCAACGUCAAGUCGUGGUACCCGAGCCCCAUGUGGUCCAUGGCCAUUAUUUACGACCUGGUGGACUCUAUGCAGCUCCGCAGGCAGGAGAUGGCCAUCCAGCAGUCACUGGGCAUGCGCUGCCCCGAAGACGAGUACGGAGGAUACGGGUACCAUCACCAUGGCUACGACGGUUACCAGGACGGCUAUCACCAAGGACACGGUUACUAAAAGGGGACAGGGAGGGGGUGUCAAUAGUCUAUAAGCAAUGAUAUGGUUACUAAGGGGUGUGUUGCCUAAUCUCAAAUCAAUCUCUUUGCCUUUAUCCAUAGAUGCUUCUUGAUGGCCCUUUGUAGAUUUAAAUGGAUCAGAUAGGUAUAUGCAGCAAGGUAUGGCUCUACCGAGCCCCCUGGUAGUCUAGAUGGGGUUUCCACCAUGUUGCUUGAACUUAGCCACUGGUUUCCGAUCUGUUGGCAUUAAAGAAGUACCUAGGGGUAGGGGUUGAUUUCAAAUUGGGCAUGUGUGUGCGUGGGAGAGGGGCAUGAGUGUAACCUUUGUCUCGCCUCCUGAAUGGUGGUUUGUGUUUUUCAGGAAGUUUAUGGAGGGUUAAAGGUAAAGGGUCAGGGGUUAGCUCUGUACUUCCUGAUUCUAGAAUGAAAUAGAGAAGGAUAGUGACGUCGUCAAUCUCUGUCUAAUCCUUCUCUAUAUCAGUCUUGUUAUUUUGUAUUAAGAAUUACAAUCAACCAAAUGUACACGUUCACUUUCACAGUCUGGAACUUUAUUGUAGAUAAAAGCAUAAAGAUGAGUCAAACCUUUUGUUUGUAUUGGAUGUCUGUUUUUAAUUUGAGGCUAUAACUGUCUGUUUUCUGAAAUGAAUUUUCAACUUAAUUUCUGUUUUGUCAUUUUCCUGUUGUUACAUAUUGUUCUUAUUUAUACUCUGUUGUGCAUGAGAGACGGAGUCUCUGUUGUACUGUAUAUUUAUGACAAAUAAAACUUUGUUUACUGACAACACUUUUCUCUGAGUUUUAUUACAAAC